CAGUUCGACAGCAGCCAAACUGAAGAAGCGUCUAGCAGUGGCGGCGACAGUUUGCACCACGAGAGCUCCGCCCAUCCAACCAACGACGAACGAACGACGACGACGAAGCGAGUGCUGAACAGCAAAGCGGCGAUAAUAAAAUUGACGACCGAACAGCGACCAGCGUCAGUAUUAUUUCAUCCGUCGUCGAGACUACCACACAGCAGCGAAGCCGAAGCAAAGGCAGCUAUAGCACGUGAAGACCGCAUGAGACACAGACAACGAGCAGAGCCGACCGACGCGACGGUGCGCCAAUAGCGUGAUCGGCGCGUGGCCCCACCCUCGUGCGGGCUAUAAAUAUAGUGCGCAUCGUGGCAGCAGCAUCAGUUUUCUGCGAACCACCGAAGAGUGUACAUCAGAGCUAAGUGAAGAGAAGAUGAAUAUAGCAGUUUAAGUAAAUUCUCCUGUGUUUGUAUCUAGUCAUCGCGCUUCUGAAACAUCCCCGAUUCCACCAAAAGAGUUGUUCAGAAAUAAUUUUCCUAGAGUUAUUCGGAGCAACGGAGUUGUUCGGAAAUUGUUUUCCUCCACACAAACAGCCUUUAUCAAGGCUCAAAGAGUUAUCAGGUUGCUGCUAGAGGAGUCUAGUCCAGCUCAACCACCGGGGCUUCAUGAGGCGAAGCCAGGCCAACGUCCGGCCAUCAUCCUGGGAAGGAACGCGAGGGUUCCUGCUCCCACCCGGCUCGGUUCCUGAGCGGAACGCGAGCACCACAACGUAGCCAGCGCAGAUACAGUCCACUGCCAUCCCAUACAUGGAUUUGGUCCUUCGAGCCGGAUGCUCGAGUGCGAGUGUCCGAUUGUGUUAUCGACGGUGAUCGGUGGUUGGAUCGGAUGAGUGGUGAUUGGAGGCAAACACGGAGAAGAUAGUAAAGUGAUUGAGAGACAAAGACAAUAAGUGAACAAGUGACAGUUAGUGUGAACUAUAACGAACAAGUGAAGUGAACUAAAGCAAUACAGUGAAAAUGAAGCACACGCCAAUGAAGUCUUCCAAGAUGGCCAGCUCUAGUGAAGAAGAUCUGAGCACUCUUGUACUGUUGCGUGGCAUGGCACAAGGUAACAUCACGCGCAUCAAGAACAUCUUGACCCAAGCCCAAGCGGACCAGGCUGAGCUGCCUUCCGCUCAAGUGAAAGUGUACGUGAAGAAAGUGGAAGGUGCCUACAACGAGUACCAUCAGCACCACCAGCAGAUAGUGGCGAUUCUUCCUUCGAACAAGAAGGAGGAACAGAACGAGAAGUUCCUGCAAUUCGAGACGUUGCACGAAGAGGUGUCCAUCAUGCUCGAGACCCUUCUCGAGGCUCAAGCCGCACCACCUGCGGCGCAACAAGUGCAGCCACCGGCGAACCAACAACCGUUGGUCAUCCAACAAUCUCUUCCUCGUGCCAUUCCCACCUUCGACGGGAGGUACGAGAAUUGGGAACGGUUCAAGAUCAUGUUCCGUGAUGCAGUCGACCGUACCAACGAAGCACCUCGAAUCAAGCUGUAUCACCUUGAGAAGGCCCUCGUCGGUGAUGCGGCGGGAAUCAUAGACGUGAAGACGAUUGCCGAUGGAAACUACGCCCACGCCUGGGAGUUACUGGAGGAAAGGUUCGACGAUCAGCGGCGAAUGAUCGACAUCCAUAUUGCUGGACUGCUCGGAGUGAAGAAACUUUCGAAGGAGGAUUUCGGUGAGUUGCGAUCCUUGGUCGAGUCUACCACUAGUCACGUGGAAAACUUGAAGUUCCUUGACCAAGAGUUCACCGGCGUCUCUGAGCUCAUUGUCGUCCACCUAAUCGCACGUGCACUGGAUCCUACCACGAAGAAGUUGUGGGAGUCGACGAUAAAGCGAGGAGAACUCCCAAACUACGAAGAUACCAUACAGUUCCUGAAAGACCGCGUCUCAGUUCUGGAGAGAUGCCGCGAUACGGCUGAAGAAGCCAAGACACAGCGUACAUCAGUGAAACCAGCUACGAGGAAGCAGGCGUUUCCCAAUGCCAACGCAGCGACAGCUCCUUCAUCAGCGGAUCAGCGGUGCACCAUUUGUGAUGAAAGCCAUGUGACGUACAAGUGCUCUGUGUUCAACGGCUUGAGUGUGAGUGAUCGACUGGCCAAAGUCAAACAGAAGAACGUGUGCUACAACUGCUUGAGAAGUGGACAUAGCGUGAAGAACUGCCCAUCGAAGAAGUCGUGCUCCAAGUGCAACAAGCGGCACCACACCCUGCUCCAUUUGGAAGCUGGUGCAAUCUCGACGCAGCCUGCGAAUGAAAAUUCAGCGAAUGGAGUUCCAGGAUCAGCCCAACCAACGGCGUCGGCUGUCAGACAGCAGUCGGCCGAGAACCAGCCAUCAGUGACAGCAGCGCAUUCCAACAACCCGGUGAACCCAGCGAGCCAGGUGGUGUUGCUCACUGCCCUUGUCAACGUUAUGGACCAUCAACAGCGGCCUCGUGUGUGCAAAGCCCUGCUAGACUGCGGAUCUCAGAAGCAGGCCGACCGAGUGAUGUCCCGGUAUCUUACUAUUCCUGAACUACGGGCGGCAUCAAAUUUGAUCGUUGGAGCCAUUCAGCAUCAGGAGUUUGCCAAGGAGAUCGAGUGUGUACGAGCAGACGAACCCAACCAUCGUCUGAACAAUUUGAAACCAUUUCUCGACGAGGAUUUACUGCGAGUUGGAGGUAGGCUUGGUCAGUCUCAGCUUCCAUUCGGAGUGAAACACCAGCUAAUAUUACCAAGCAACAACCCCAUCGUGCACGGUUUGAUAAGCGACGUCCAUCGAGAGAAUCACCAUGCCGGAAACUCCAUGGUACAAUACCUUUUGCGACAACAUUUCUGGUUGAUCAACGCGAGAUCGACAAUUCGAAAGGUGCUGAGAACCUGCGUUACCUGCUUCAGGACGAAUCCUACCACAAUUGAUCAGCAAAUGGGAGACCUACCAUCGUAUCGGAUUAACCCAGCGCCAGUCUUCGAGAGGGUUGGGCUUGACUUUGCCGGACCAAUCUACGUCAAGCAGUCAGUUCGAAAGGCGACUCCGGUAAAGAGCUACAUCUGUGUCUUCAUCUGCAUGGUGACAAAGGCCAUGCAUCUGGAAGCCGUGGAAGAUCUGUCCACAGACUCGUUCCUUGCGGCUUUUCAACGAUUCGUGUCCAGACGAGGAUAUCCGAAGGAAGUCUUCUCCGAUAACGGGACCAAUUUCAUCGGAGCAAGGUCAGCACUGCAGGAGCUCUAUCGGUUAUUCAAGGAGGAGACGACCCAGAACAAGAUCUUCGCGUAUUGCCAAGCAAAGCAGAUCGUUUGGAAGACCAUUCCCCCAAAUGCGCCACACUUCGGAGGUCUUUGGGAGGCCGGUGUGAAAAGUGUUAAAACAGUGCUCAAAAGGGUUUACCAAUCCACCUCCCUAACACUCUCCGGACUAUCCACCCUGUUGUGCCAGAUUGAAGCAAUCCUCAACUCGAGACCACUUUAUUCCCAAUCUAACAAUCCGACGGAACCUGAAGCGUUGACCCCUGGACAUUUUAUUGCCAACCGUCCACUAUUAGCAAUUCCCGAACCGUCUGUAGUAGGUAUCCCGACCAAUCGUUUGUCCCACUGGCAGCACAUACAACAGCUUCGCGAACACUUCUGGAAACGAUGGUCGAGAGAGUAUCUCACCGAAUUACAAGUGCGAGGCAAAUGGACCAAACAGAAGGUAAACAUCCAACCGGGAAUGGUUGUUCUCCUGAAGGAUGACAAUUUGCCCCCACAGUGCUGGAAUCUGGGCCGGGUAGAAAGGGUACACCCGAAUGUUCAGUUCGACAGCAGCCAAACUGAAGAAGCGUCUAGCAGUGGCGGCGACAGUUUGCACCACGAGAGCUCCGCCCAUCCAACCAACGACGAACGAACGACGACGACGAAGCGAGUGCUGAACAGCAAAGCGGCGAUAAUAAAAUUGACGACCGAACAGCGACCAGCGUCAGUAUUAUUUCAUCCGUCGUCGAGACUACCACACAGCAGCGAAGCCGAAGCAAAGGCAGCUAUAGCACGUGAAGACCGCAUGAGACACAGACAACGAGCAGAGCCGACCGACGCGACGGUGCGCCAAUAG